AUGCAUAAGUAACUCAUACAACCCCACUUCAAAAUCACUGAACUGUCCCUUUAAUGUUCUCCACAGCCUGGACUGGAGUCGAGGCGAAGAUUGAUGGAUAACCUAGAUAAGUCACUAUCUCUUUAAAUGCACUGGUAUCAGAUUAGUACUCAGUAUCGUCCGAUACUCAAAGUCCAGGUAUUGGAAUCGGUAUCGGGACGAGAAAAAUGAUUUCGGAACAACUCUAGUCAUGGUCCUGUCGGAAGUUGUCCUGGCUCGUGACGUCUCGCAGACACGCUCCAUCAGUCUCUGAUCCCGGAGCUGAGAGGACCAGAGCCUGGUGGAGAGCAGCUCCGCCCGCUGCACCGCGACCACGGAUCAUCUCCAUCCUCUGAUCAUCUGAUCAUCUCCAUCAUCUCCAUCAUCUGAUCAUCUCCAUCAUCUCCAUCAUCUGAUCAUCUCCAUCAUCUGAUCAUCUCCAUCAUCUGAUCCUCUGAUCAUCUCCAUCAUCUGAUCAUCUGAUCAUCUCCAUCAUCUCCAUCAUCUGAUCAUCUCCAUCAUCUGAUCAUCUGAUCAUCUGGUCAUUAUUAAAACGCUUCCGGUUCCCGGUCUGCGGGAUGGACCGGUAGAACGGCCUGCUGGUUCCCCGCAACAGGUCGAGCAGGAGCCGACACAUCCGCCGCGUGGAUGCGACACGGCGGACGAACUGUCGACAUGAUGCCGAUGUUCCUCACCGUGUACCUCAGCAACAACGACCAGCACGUCAGCGAGGUUCCUGUCACGCCGGAGACGCUGUGCAGGGACGUGGUGGAGCUGUGCAAGGAGCCCGGCGAGGCCGAGUGCUACCUGGCUGAGAUGUGGAGGGACUCAGAGCGUGUGGUUGGGGAAGCGGAGCGGAUGAUGGAGGUGUUGCAGCGGUGGGGGCAGCAGAGGGGGGAGGUCCGUUACCUGCUGCACCAUCAGAGAGCUCCGGGCCGGGAGGCAGGAGGAUCCCGAGAUGCAGAUCCGAUGAUGAAGAAGAACCAGGGGAAAUCUGAGAGACGUCUGGAGAACGGGGUCUGUUGUCUGGACGUGACACUGAGUGACCUGCAGGAUCUGGCCACUCGACAGCAGCAGCAGAUCAGCGUCCAGCAGCAGCUUCUGGCCUCCAGGGAGCAGCGGCUGCGACACCUGAAGCUGCAGGACCAGCGGCAGCAGCAGCAGGAUGCGUCAGAGCAGGAGCGACUGCGGCAGCUCAGAGAGAACGCUCACAACCAGGAGGCCAAACUGCGGCGGGUCCGGGCCCUCAGGGGCCAGGUGGAGCAGAAGCGCCUCAGCAACAGUAAACUGGGUCAGUGUGACGGAGUGGAGGAGAUCGAGCAGAUGACCGGCCUGUUCCAGCAGAAGCAGAGGGAGCUGCUGGCGGCGGUGGCGAGGGUGGAGGAGCUGAGCGACCAGCUGGAGGAGCUGCGGAGCAACAGGACGGAGCCUCCUCCUCCACCUCCUCCUCCUCACCACCACCACAAGACCCCGCCCUCCACCGCAGAGCUGGAGCGACUCUGGAAAGAGCUGCAGCUGAGGAACAAGCUGAACCAGGACCAGGGCGCCAGGCUGCAGCAGCAGAGAGACGGUCUGAACAAGAGGAACCUGGAGGUGGCGGCGAUGGACCGGCGGCUGGCUGAGCUCCGGCAGCGGCUCUGGAAGAAGAAGGCCGCCCUGCAGCAGAAGGAGAACCUGCCGGUGGCCUCGGAUGGCGGCGCCCCUCAGCUUGGCGUGGGCUCCAGGGUGGCGGCGGUGGGGCCGUACAUUCAGUUGUCCUCCGUGACGAGACCUCAGGAGCCUCCUAUGAAGGCGGCGUACCCAGACGGCACGGCCACUCUGCCGAUGCCCGACUCGUCCCUGAAGCCGCCACCCCGACCCGUCAAACCGGCCUCAGGUUUCAUCUCCUCAAAGAUAAACAAACUCUCCGACUGGAACUCUGGAGCACUUCCUGAAUCCAGAGGAGGUCACGGCCACGCCUCCACCCUGCCUCGCAUGUCCAGCCUCAGCCGCCGCUACUCAGGUGGUGAGACCCUCACAGACCAGACGGGCCCUCCAGUGUCCGACAUCCUGCCUCCUGUCCCGUCACGGACCAGUCACACCUCUGAAAACCUGCUCAGGGACAAUCAGGCCUCUGGUAAAGGUCUGUCCAAGACGGCGGCGCCACCUCCAGUUCCCAGUAAGCCCAAACCGUAUUCCUCGUCCGGCCCACCAACCUUCUCCAAGUCCACUUACAGCACCGGGACCUUCCCUGGUAAGGCCCGGCCGGUCGGGGGCCACCUCCGGGCUCUGGGCGUCCUCUCUAGCCACUGCAACACGCUCCCCCUGCCCAACAAGCAGGAGACCCCUCCGGCCGCCACCGUCCGCCCGUACACCCCUGACCUCUCGGAAGGCCCCCUUCCGGUGCUGCAGAAGCCCCAGACUGUGGCGGCUUCAUCCAUCUACUCCAUGUACACCCAGCAGGCCACGCUGGGGAAGGGCUACCAGCCAGGGGGCCAGGGCACGCUACCCCGCACUCAGCCCCGAGUGUACGGGAAACCGGUCCUCCCAGCCAGCGGGGGGCAGCAGCAGUCUGUCGCCUCAGACAUCACUGCCCUGAAUUCUGGGUCCAAUGUGUCCAACGAGGCUGACAACAGUUGCCUGGGUAACGGCGAAGGUGUCAGUGGAGAGACGGCAGAGCGUGCCACGCCUCGACCGCUCAGCCCCACCAAGCUCCUCCCCUUCCUGUCCAACCCUCACAGGAACCCCAGCGACGCCGACCUGGAGGCCCUGCGCCGCCGGCUGCACCACGCCCCCCGGCCCCUGAAGAAGCGAAGCUCCAUCACAGAGCCCGAGGGCCCGGCUGGACCCAACAUCCAGAAGCUGCUCUACCAGAAGACCACUCUAGCUGCCAUGGAAACCAUCCCCAUGGAGACAGUCGGUCCAGGAGGGACCUACAUUCAGCCCGGAGUUCACGAGGACAGGAUGGGCGGCAUGGAUGUAACAUCCAGGGUCGACGACGACACGGGAGCUGGCUACAUCCAGCUGUUCGCCGAGAGCCCAGAGGACUCUCUGACUCCGCCCCCCCUGCUGCCGCGCUCACCCAUCUCUGACCCCGCCUCCUGCCGCUCCCUGUGCCCCCCUCUGGAGGACAAGGAGGAGGAGGAGGAAGGGGGUUGUCCGGCCUUAGUCCAUCACUUUCUAGAGGAGUUCCCUCCUUACCCGCCCCCACCGUACCCCAGCUGUGAGGAGGCGGAGCAGGGAGACGACGCUCUUCAGCCGCCGGAGGUGACGGGGCAGGUCACAGCGCCGCCGGGUAAGAGGUCGAUCCUCCGCAAAGUCAACUCGGAGCGGAUCAACCACGGCCUGCGGGUCAAGUUCAACCCUCUGGCCCUCCUGCUGGACUCUUCUCUGGAGGGCGAGUACGACCUUGUGCAGAGGGUCAUCUAUGACAUCUCAGCAAUGGAGGUGGUGGACGACCCCAGCAUGCCGAACGACGAGGGCAUCACUGCGCUGCACAACGCUGUCUGCGCCGGCCACACGGAGAUCGUCAAGUUUCUGGUUCAGUUUGGCGUCAACGUCAACGCUGCCGACAGUGACGGCUGGACUCCGCUUCACUGCGCCGCCUCUUGUAACAACGUUCAGGUCUGUAAGUUCCUGGUGGAGUCGGGGGCGGCCGUGUUCGCCACCACCUACAGUGACUUGCAAACCGCUGCCGACAAAUGUGAAGAAAUGGAGGAGGGCUACGCACAGUGCUCCCAAUUCCUCUACGGAGUUCAGGAGAAGAUGGGCGUGAUGAACCGCGGCGUGGUGUACGCCCUGUGGGACUACGAGCCUCAGGGCGGCGACGAGCUCGGCUUCGGCGAGGGCGACUGCAUGACGGUGCUGAGGCGGGAGGAUGAGGUGGAGACGGACUGGUGGUGGGCGCGAUGUGGCGACCACGAGGGCUACAUCCCCCGCAACCUGCUGGGGCUCUAUCUGAGGAUCAAGCCGCGGCAGCGGAGCCUGGCGUGACCCGCCGACCACGGACGAGUCCGUCAGGACACGUGAACCUCCGGACUCGUUCAGCGAAAAACUGUCCAAGGUCGUCGUUUAAAACCAGACAAUGUUUUUCAGCCUCAGUUCAAAGAAGAACCGUCGUUCAUCUUCCUCCUGCGAUCACAUGAACCGAUCCACAACAUGUGGAAUUCCUUUGGUUUCAUUUUGUAAUAUUUUCUUAGUUUUUCUUGUUUCAUUGAUCAAGGCCGGAAUUGAAUCUAUGUAUUUGAACCACGAGGCCACAAACUUUCUUUUCAUGUUUUUAGUGUUUAAAGGUUCAAUCCCUUGUUUCUUCUUUUCACAGUUAUUCACUAGUGUAUCUCCCAGAAUGUGACGACAUGAUGAAAUUAUUACAAAACAAGUUUAAGGCUGUUUUGACCAAAUAUGGAGUUCCUCUAGUGUCGGAGCCUCAGACGUCAAGACCAUAUUAUUUUUGGAGCCUGACCGAUAAAUCUGUUGGUCGAUAAAAUGUCAUUAUUUCAGGAUCAGCAAUUAUAUUUAACCCUUUAAUUUAACACAAUAAACAAGAUGUUUAAACUUUACAUUAAAAAACGUUUUAUUUUCUUAAUUGAAGCUCAAUAUAUUUGUGUUUCCUUUUUAUUUAUUAUAAAGUUUAUGAUUAACUGUAAAAUAUCAAGACACAGUUACAUUUAUUUGUCACAAGGGUUUGAUAACGACAUCUUAUGAAUUUUUGUUUAUUAAAGUUGUAUUGGUUUAUAUAUUUUUUUAUUCCCUAAUCGGUGUCAGCAUCAGCCCCAAACAUCCACAUCGGUCGGGCUCUAAAUAUUUUAGUACAUAACUCUCUGUGAACAGGCCUCUGUACUUCUGCUUCUUCUUCUUAUCUUUAUUUAACAUCAGAGUUUGUAAAGUUGCUUUUGUUUGAUUUAUCGAGCAAUUCUUUAAAACCGGCAUUAGCUGAUAUGUUGCAUAGUGAAAAUAUAAAUUCAUAUUUCCAUAUUGACGUGUCCUUUUUACAAAACCUUGAAAUACUGUUAUUCAUUACUUUACAUCUUUACUGGUAUAUUUUCAAAAUAAAGGUUUCAUCAGCUUAAACCAA